AUAAAGAUACACAGCUCACUAAUCUUCAUGAAUCACUGCGUCAUGGCAUUGUUGAAGGUGGAAUAACCAAAAUGGCAGAAGAUGAUGAACGAGAAGAAGAAGACAGAGACUUCAAACCAAAUCAAGGACAGGGCAGAGAAUUUGGUGGUGAAUCAACAGCACUGGAAUCAAGAAAUUUAGAAAAUGUUCCAUUGUUACCAGAACAUGAAAAGACAUUGCAACAAUAUGCAUUGCAGAAUGAAAGCAUUGCCACUCUGCACCCAGGAGAAGACAUCUUCUGCAAUGCCGAUAUUGGCAAGCUUUUCACCUUUCCUGUAGGAUUAUCAUUGUUUGAGGCAAAUGCAAUGGAGAAGCUUGUCAUGACGUCAAGUCCAGAUGAACUAAAGGAAUUGCUGAUGUCUCGGCUUAUAUUAGACAUGUACACAGGGAAGAAAUGUCCAGAUCCAGUCAUGCUGUGGCUUUUACAACUUUUGUCCAUCUGUGAUAGUGAAUUGGUUGCUGGGAUGAUAUUUGAUACUAUGUGGUCACUGAUGAACUCAUGCCAACAUUUACUUCAUAAUGCCAAGCCGUGGUGCCCUAUACUUCAAGAUAUUGCUGCCAUCUUUGUCAACUAUGGUGCAAGAUUGGACUCGAUGUUACCUCCUUCACUAUUUCAGUCAAAUUUCAUCUUUGAAGAUAUCAGUGCAAGGUACGGUCAGGACAAGAAGAAGUCUGAGAUUCCUGGAUGUGAGACCAAACCAAACUGUCUCCCAGGUUACAAUUUGCAGCAAGUUAUAAAGAUCAUUACACAGUGUCUGCUUACACAUGAGAGGAAUCCAUCACUGCAUGAAGAUGAUUUGAUCUCUCUUGCAUACAUGGUUUGCAAAAUCUCCUUGGAUAAACAGCUUGUAAGGUCAGUAUGUAUAGCUGUAUAUAUUCUACAUCUCCUGUCAGACUGACUUACUGUUUAAACCUUACUUUACUAUUUCUCUGGCCAAAGGUCCAUCCACUGUUUAGUUGCUUUUUCAGAUAAUAUUACUAUGAAAUAACUUAUGAACUAAAAAAAGAAUCACGUUCAUACUUUGUCCUCUGAUAGAUCAUGGCUUGAUGAAGUAAAUUUUUGUUGUCAUGUCCGUUAAAUCGCUUCAGCAUUACCUCUGGAGAUAGUUGGAGGUCAAUGUUUGGAGGAUUCAAAAUACUGAAAUAAGUGUUGAUAGGAAACAUAAUUUGACCCAAAUGGUUCGAGGGAUGGGAUGAAACCUUGUACACACAUGAACCCUUGUCCAAAGAUGUGCAGGGUUCAAAAUUAGCAGUAGCCCGCUAGCCAAAUGCUAGUCCAAAGAUGUGCAGGGUUUGAAAUUAGCAGUAGCCCGCUAGCCAAAUGCUAGUCAAAACAGCAGCGGGCUAGUCAAACUAUUCCUCAACUAUUCCUCAAUUGAAUUGACUGCCUUGGGCAAUAUUUUGAUUCCCAGGCAUAUUCCCGGUCAAAUUCCCGGUCAACUGCUGGCCCAUUACUUCUGGGAUUAUCGGAAGUGCAAUGAUAAAUGAAUAUAACUUGAAAACGAAA